UGGAAACAGAGACGGCUGGCAGCCCCAGCUUCCUGCUGGAGCUCAGGCGCCGCUUUUUGGGGUGGGGGCUGGGGCCGGCAGAUAGAAAGUGCCUGCCUGCUGAAGACUCCGGGGGGCGCCGGGGAGACUCAAUGACUGCUGUCCCCAGGGGACAUGGGGAAGAAGCUGGUGAUGGCCCAGAAGCGGGGAGAGACUCGAGCCCUUUGCCUGGGUGUGGCCAUGGUGGUGUGCGCCGUCAUCGCCUACUAUAUCCUGGGCACGACCAUGCUGCCCCUCUACCAGAAAAGCGUGUGGACCCAGGAAUCCACGUGCCACCUGAUUGAGACCAACAUCAGGGACCAGGAGGAGCUGGAGGGCAAGAAGGUGGCCCAGUUCCCGUGCCUGUGGGUCAACGUGUCCGCCGUGGGCCACUGGGCCGUGCUGUACCACACGGAGGACACUUGGGACCAGAACCAGCAGUGCUCCUACAUCCCAGGCAGCCUGGACAACUACCAGCUGGCCCGCGCCGACGUGGAGAAAGUCAGAGACAAUUUCCACGAGCACCGGGUUUUCUACUGCUUCUCGACCACGCGGGAGAAUGAGACCAGGGUCCUGUACCGGCGCCUCUACGGGCCCCAGACCCUCCUGUUCUCCCUCUUCUGGCCCACCUUCCUGCUGACCGGAGGCCUCCUCAUCAUCGUCAUGGUGAAGAUCAACCAGUCCCUCUCCAUCCUGGCGGCUCAGAAGUAGGCCCGUGCACGUCACAACACUGCUCGGGUCGCAGGGGGCUGGGGGGGACCCUGGGCUGCACCCCAUCUGUGUACCCAUGCCUCUUCCCUCUGCCUUCCCACUCUCCCUCCCAAUCCACCCACUCAGUCUUCCACAGCAAGCGUGGCCUCGGUUAAGUCCUUUCCUGCUCAAGAAUGGACAGCGGCUCCCCAGUGCCUCGGGGAGCACAGGCCAGCCACUCACAGCUCGCCAUUCCCCGUCCCCCCUCCGCGGACUCCAACCCAUUUCUGGCUGAGCCACCGCCACCCCACAGAUGACAAUGGUUCUGACCUCUGCGCCCGCCGUGUUCUCGCCGCUGACUCAAAGGCCUGCCCGUGCCGUCCAAAACGCUGUCCUCAGCAAACCCCAGCUCCUUGGCGAAUUUCAUAAUGAAAACAGCGGCGCGUGCAGAGAGCACAGUUAGAGCCUCUCUUGUUUUUGGGACACUAAGUGCCUUACACGUUUUUACUCUAAUGUUAACACGCAUACAAAAAACAAUGGGACCACAAGGAAAUAUACGAAAAUGCAUCAAAACA